AUGAAUUGCAGAGCAGAAACAAAGAUUUUUAAGGUGCUUGACAAUCAAAUGGCUUCAAGCUCUUCUGAUAAAGGCUUAACAGCCACUACAUUAGCUGCCCUUCACUCUGAUAUCAUCGAAACCAACUUGUUAACGAGGCUUGAUGGUCCAUCUCUUGCCUCAUUAGCCUCUUCUUCCAAAUUAUUGCUUCCUCUCUGCAACAAAGAAAGCUUGUGGAAGGACAUCUGUGAUUCCACUUGGAACUCCGUGAAACAUCCACUUGUCCAGAACGCGAUCUCCUCCUUUCCAGGCGGCUAUCGUUCUUUUUACUCUGAUUCAUUCCCUGUCCUUGGUGCAAGCUCUGGUGGGGGGAGCCUCUGUAGUCAAGUGGACACCUCGGAACUCAUUUCAGCUGUUGAUAUGCACUUCAUGAAUAAUCAAGUCUACUCCAAAGUGACAGUCACGGAUACAAAUGCUAGCUGCUUUCCUGGAUCAUUGUUUCAUAUCGACUUAAUUGACCACAAGGAAACUCUGGAAAUACCGCUAAAAUACCAAGGUGAUGCAAACUUGUGCAAGUCAAAGCUGGAGGAAAACUUGACACUGAGUUGGAUUGUUAUUGAUCCAAUUCUAAAACGCGCAGCCAAUGUGUCGAGUCUGAGGCCAGUUUGUGUGCGGCCACAGUCUGAUAAGACUGGCAUUGAGGUCACUUAUAGCACAAUUCUUUCGGGAGAUUCCUGUGGCAUUGAUACAACGGAGUUUGUUGAAUGCAGGGUGGUAGCUAGUUUUGGUUGCGAAAAAGGACACAAUGUUGAAUUGAGGGCGCUGAGUUUGUGUUUAGUGGACAUGGUGAAAUCGCGGUUGAAUGGGGAAAUGAGUUUAAGAAUUCUCAAGGAGGCUAUGGAGAGUGGUGAAAGACGAAAAGAGUGUGGACAAUGGGAAGAGUAUGCAAAGAAACUGGAUUGUACAAGACAUAAAUUGGUUUCCUGGCUACUUCUAGCCGUUUCCUCAGUUAGUUUGUUAUGGUUUGGUUGA